UUUGACAUCUGUCAGCUGAAAAGUGAGAUUUUGAUUUGAAUUCGUUUUUGGCAACUGCAUGUGGACACACAUGUCACUUGUAUUUUGGCAAUCAAGGAUUCCUUGUGACUUUCUUAGUGAAGGCAAUCAAGGAUCUUCAAUGAUAGUUUGCUUUUUCAUAAUAUCUUCCUUGAAGUAAUCUCAAAAUCAUCCUUAGAAUGUACAGUUCCUUACAUCCAAGCUAUCCUUGAAAAGAAAUACUGUAUCAUUGUCGUAAGAGUUAAUUCUAAGUCAUUUGAAGAAAAAGGCUUCAGAGCAAAAACCUUUGAAUAUGUUCGUUUGAGUAAUUUUUGCACAUGGCUUAGUGAACUCAACUCUUACAGGUUUUCCUGACUGUUAUGCUGAUUAAAUUUUUAUGGUCUCCAUUCUUUUGAAUUAGGUGCUAGUCAUUUUGUUAUAUCAUUGUAUCACUCUUUUGGGCUGGCUCACGUUCUUCAUUGCAGUUUUGCCUUUUGGGCCUCUGUUCCUCCCUCUCUUCUUUUUUCCUCCUCCUGUAGUAUAUAUACAUUUGUAUACAUGAAAUUUUAAUUUGAGGAUUCUUUUUAAACUUGGAGUCACUUAUUUCAGUUUGAUAGUGCUGGACGAAUCUUUGUAGGCAUAAAGAAGAUCUGGAAGCAUCAAGCCCUUAAAGCUCACGAUAUGGAUACAGCUCAGGGAAAUUUAAUGUCACCAAAGAGAAUCCCUGGUUUCAAAAAUGAACCAGAUCAUCUACUUGUCCUUGUUCAUGGCAUUAUGGCAAGCCCUAGUGACUGGACAUAUGUAGAGUCAGAAUUGAAGAGACGUUUGGGACAAAGGUUUUUACUAUACGCUAGUUCUUCUAAUAGCUAUACAAAGACAUUUACUGGGAUUGAUGGUGCUGGGAAAAGAUUAGCAGAUGAAGUGCUGCAGAUUGUUAGAAAAACGGAAUCUCUGAAGAAAAUUUCCUUCUUAACCCAUUCUCUGGGUGGAUUGUUUGCCAGAUUUGCUGUUGCUAUGCUCUAUUCACCAAAUAACGCUGUUGAUAAUGCUGUAGAGACUUGCACUUCUUCCGAUACAACUUCCAAAACCAUAUUGUUUCCUAUGGGAGGAUCAAUUGCUGGGCUGGAACCUGUUAAUUUUAUUACAUUGGCAACUCCACAUCUUGGAGUGAGAGGGAGGAAGCAGCUUCCAUUUCUGCUUGGAGUUCCAUUUUUGGAGAAGAUUGCAGCCCCACUUGCCCCUAUUUUUGUAGGCCGAACUGGCAGUCAGCUUUUUCUUACUGACGGGAAACCCGAAAAACCUCCACUUCUGUUGCGUAUGGCAUCUGAUUGUGAAGAUGGGAAGUUUAUAUCUGCUCUUGGAGCUUUCAAAUGUCGUAUCAUCUAUGCUAAUGUAUCAUUUGACCAUAUGGUUGGGUGGCGUACUUCGUCAAUAAGAAGAGAGACUGAACUUGUCAAGCCUCCUCAAAGAUCUCUGGAUGGUUACAAGCAUGUUGUGGAUGUGGAAUAUUGUCCCCCUGUUUCGUCAGAGGGUCCUCAUUUUCCUCCGGAAGCUGCAAAAGCAAAAGAGGCAGCUCAAAACGCUCCCAAUGUGCAAAACACCCUUGAAUAUCACGAUAUCAUGGAAGAGGAAAUGAUACGUGGGUUACAACAGCUGGGAUGGAAAAAAGUUGAUGUCAGCUUCCACUCGGCAUUCUGGCCGUUUUUCGCCCAUAACAACAUUCAUGUGAAGAAUGAGUGGUUUCACAAUGCUGGUGCUGGAGUUGUUGCACAUGUUGCGGAUAGCAUAAAUCAACAAGAGAAGCAGCUGGAUCCUCCUACCUACAUUGCUGCUAGCUUGUAACUCAAAUUCUUAAUAAUGUUAAAAUUCUAUUCCAAAAACAUAUUGUAGUCAUUGAGAAAGCUUAAAUAAGUUUGUAAUCUCUUCAUAUAUAUUGCUACGACACAUUGUAACUGAGCAGUAAGAAUUAGAUUAUCUUUUGGACCGGAGCUCUUAGGAUAAUUUUCGGAAACAGUAUUUACAAAAUUAUAAAAUUUACAAUAUCUGUGGGGUAACUUUCACGCGGGAAAAAAUUGUCAAUCCGAAGAGGAUGACAAAUUAAG